UUCUUGCACUCCACGCCCUCAUCCCCUACUGCCGCCACGCCCCACACCAGCGCUACCCAAAAAUUAAAAUCCGGCCAAAAACAAACCCAAAAAAAAUUACUGCCCACGGCGAGGGAGGAGGAGAUUCCUGGAAGCCUCUAGACACACCGCGAAGCGCAAGGGGGGAGGAGGAGCUGAGCUCAGCGGAGGCGCCGCCGCUUCUCUCGGGACUCCGGUUUCGAUCCAGAGCGUUUGGGUUUGGAAAAGGAUUGAUCAAGAACUGGCGAUCCUGAGUUGAAUAUGAUAUCAAAUCCGGCGGAUUGGUACAGUUUCGGCCCUGGAUAGAAUUUGUAGUGAUGCCAGAUUGGAGGGUGGGCGAGUUUCAAGGUAAGCUCAAGGAUGAAUUUGCUCUGAGCAAUAACAAGGAACAUGAAAAUGGAGUCGGGACUGAGAGUAUAUCCAGCAAGAAGUUGAAGCAUGGGGUUGCAAUUGAAAAAAGCCCCCAUGUUGACAUCUCUGGAGUAAAUGGUUCAGCUGCGCAGAAAUGUAAUUCAGAGCAAAUCCAUUCAGCCAAUGGGACAGUACCCCAGGAUCUCAAUAAUCAUCACAUAGGAAACUGCAAAGUUGAAUCAAAUGCUUUUCCUAUGAAUACUAUAUCUGAAACAAGAUAUCCAACAGACAAUUGGAACAGUUGUCAGUUCACACUGAGCAAUGGUUCACCUCUUCUCAAUAAUCAGAGUGCUCCACAAACUGGGCAUGGCUAUGGAGAUAAUGAUCUAACCUACAUUGAUUGGCAUGGUAUUGAUAAUUUCGAGGAUGUCGACAACUUAUUCAGGAGGUGUGAUUCCACGUAUGGUCAGCAGCAACUGCAGAACACAGAUGAACUGUCAUGGAUACCUUCUUCGGAUGCCAUGUACUCUUCUGAUGUUGCUCUUCAGCCAGGGUUUGAAUCCUCAUAUUCGGAUUAUGGUAUCCUGGAUGACCUCUCAGCAUUUAAUUGUACCGAAGAUAAAUCCCUGCCAACAGCUGAUCCUUCAGCCGCUGAAUGUGACAAUCAAUUUGAUGACACUUAUCUGUUCAAUGAUCAAAAAGCCAAAGAUGUUUAUGGCGAACAGGGUUACCAAGGGGAUGCAAUGGAAUUGUUGUCCAGUGACCAGAUAUGCAGUGGACAUGAAAACCUAGAUAUGAUUGGAAAUCAAUAUUCAUCAGAAAAUGCCAUGGAACAGCCUGAAGAUCAGAAGUUUUCUACAGCUUCAGGUUCUCAACUAAGCUCUUCUCAUAAUUUAUUGAAGCAAAAGAACCACUUGGAUUCAACUUCACCAAGUAACAUAACUUCCGAGUCCUAUCCAGAAAGAAGUUGCCAGUUCAUUCCAUCCGGAGCUUCCUUUCCAGAGAAAUUGAAGGUCCAGCAGAAAAUGGCCAGUUCGGCAUCAGGACAGCUUAUUAGCGAUAAUUUGGCUGAACAUCCUGGUCAUCAAACAUUGACAAGAAGAGCUUCAUAUCCUUGUGAGAAUUAUGAAAUUGGAAAGAGAGCCUUAGGAAAGAGAGGUUUGGGUCAUUCUGAUGUUACAGUGGGCACCUCAAUGGUAGUUGAUGGAUCCUUUGUAUCGUCUAUUUCUUCUGAUAACUCAGUUGAAGAGAACAGUUUUCGGCAGCUUCAGGAUGCAGUUAGUCAGUUGGACGUGAAAACAAAACUGUGCAUUCGAGAUGGGUUAUAUCGCCUGGCGAGAAGUGCACAAAAUAGGCAAGUCUUCCCAAAUACAAUGAACAGCAAUGGAGAUAGCCAUGAUAUUAAGGACAUGCAAAAUCCAGAGACUUCGGGAAAGUUUGUUGUUGAUCCUGAGAGCAUCGAGACACAGACAAAUCCAAUUGAUCGGUCUAUAGCUCUGUUGCUUUUCCAUCAACCAUCAGAGCAUGGAGCUGUCGAUGACGCGGCAUCACUAAAGUCUCAUAAUGAUAACCACCAGGCCGCCGCUAAAAACCAGAGAGUGAUGCAUGCUUCAUCUGUACAUUCACCAAGGGGGCAGGCAGACCCCAUGGAUGCAAAAUCUCGCAGAAAUAACUGAGUGGCAUAUCGUGAAGCUUCGACAACCGCGACUGUUAAUAUUAUACUGUUGCUGCAUACAUUUUUCUCCGUUUUGAUCUGGGCAUGCAGUUAGCAGCUGAUAAAUGUAGUGUGUACUACUCUAGUCGAUAGUCAGGUACAGGCAAAGAAACUUGUACACCAACAAUUUAACAAGUUUUAGAUUGGCUUUGACCAUAGCUUUGUAUCUUAAUUAUUGCGAAGGGCACAUUUUGUGUAAUCUCAGAACAUAGAUUUUUGUCUGUUUUACAGCUAACUAUUUUUUUAUUUUCUGGAUGACACCAUUCUCAGCUUUGUUCA